UGAGGCAGACUGGGAAUGAGUCAAGAAUGAAACAAAGGGAACCAACAAUUAGAGGUAUUCGCUCUCUCUAGCACACGUUUUCAGGCUUGAAAGAAAAGAAAAAGAAAUGAAGCUGAUUCUAUAGUCAAAAAGCAGUUUUUACAGAGCCUGCAACGAGCUAGGUAAACUAAUACUGUACGAUGGAUAAAGUAAUUCAAGGAGUCUUGAAAUUUCAGAAUACUGUGCGUUCUAGUUUACUACCCACACUGAAAAAACUAGCAAAUAAGGCAGAGCCACAAGUACUUUUUGUGUCCUGCAUGGACAGUCGCAUAGUGCCUGACAGCUAUACAACUUCAAGUCCUGGACACAUGUUUGUAAUUAGGAAUGCUGGUAACUUUGUACCUCAUGCAAGACUAUUUGGCUCUCUCGGCCACACAUACUCUGAACAUGCUGCGCUAGAACUGGCUGUUACUAAGAGCCAUGUCAAACAUGUUGCUGUUUGUGGACAUUCAAACUGCAAGGCAAUGGAGGGCCUAUACAAGACUCACAGUGGCUCACCAAAACAAGAAAAUGAUCCAGCAUUAGAAAACUGGAUCAAGACCCAUGGACAGUCAUCCAUAACCAAGUUAGAUCAGCUAAUGUUUCAGGAGGGUAAACCAGUUCACUUAGUGUUUGGUGAAGAAAGUGAACCUGAUAAAAUUGAAGCCAUUAUUGACAAAGAUGACAAACUGGAGCCCAUUGAUAAACUUUCACAAGUAUGUAAUAAUAAUGUUAUCUUUUUUUAGGAUAGAAAACAUCAA